GCUGCCGGUCCGUUUAUAAAAACGCGAGGACGGCGCGUGUUUGUAUGUUUUUUGGGAGGGUGUGUGGGUGGAAUUUAUUGCAAGUUUCUAUACGUUUUCCCCACUCGGAAGGGGGGGCGGGGGUGACUAUGAUGGACAGUUUGGCGCGCGGGGAGGCUCCGGUGUGCGUGACGCGCGGUGCUGCAUCAGCCUUGAGUUUCCCCCCCCGUGGCAGGACGGCUUCGAUCCUCCGACUAAGCGCAAUGGCGCGCGCCGCGAGUCCUCCGAGACCCACGCACUGCGCACUCAUCACCACGCCGCUCGUGCAGGAGCGCGCCUUAAAACGCGCGAAGGUCCACCCGUGGUCGUUUUGAAACUUGUUGAGCCCGAGGAGGACCUUGGACCUCGGACCUUGGACCUUGGACUCCCGACACUUGUUGCCACCCAGGAUGAUUGACAGCCGAACACGCUGAGGAACCCCCUGUCAGACGUCGUCUUAUCACCACCUUAAAGGGCCAGCUCCAUGGGCUGCUAACCUCAGACGGGAACAAAAAAAAGGCUUGCACGUCCCCCGGAAGGCAUGUCUUCCUACUUCCGCUGAAUACGUCGUUGUAAAAGACGAAGAAAAGGCGGGUCUUGCUCAUAAGUCUUCGUAAGGAGGUCCGGCUUGAAGGGGCCCGAGAGAGGAGCGGCCAUGCAUCUCUACCUGGCGCUGACGCUGCAGGCGCUGUGGUGCGGCGCGUGCCGGGCCGCCAUGCAGCACUACCCGGCGGCGUGGGGCCACUACGACGUGUGCAAGUCCCAGGUCUACUCCGACGAAGGCCUCACCUGGGACUACAUGGCCUGCCAGCCGGAGGCGGCCGACAUGACCCAGUACCUGAAGGUGACCCUGGAUCCGCCCAACGUCACCUGCGGGGACCCGCCCGAGACCUACUGCGCCCUGGAAAACCCGUACAUGUGUAACAACGAAUGUGACGCGACCACGGAGGAGCUGGCCCACCCUCCAGAGCUCAUGUUCGACACCGAGGGCCGCAACCCGACGACCUUCUGGCAGUCCACCUCCUGGAAGAGGUACCCCAAAGCUCUCCUGGUCAACAUCACGCUAUCUUGGAACAAGACCAUCGAGCUGACCGACGACAUCGUCCUCACGUUCGAGUCGGGACGGCCCGAACAGAUGGUUCUGGAGAAGUCGCUGGACUACGGCCGGUCCUGGCAGCCGUACCAGUUCUACGCCACGGACUGCCUGGACGCGUUCACCAUGGAGCCCAAGACGGCGCAGGACCUGACCCAGCACACCCUGCUGGACAUCAUCUGCACUGAGGAGUACUCUCGCGGUUACGUGUGGAAGUACGAUAAGACGGUUCGCUUUGAGAUCAAAGACCGCUUUGCGCUGUUUGCCGGCCCGCGGCUCCACAACAUGGCGUCGCUUUACGGCCAACUGGACACCACCAAGAACCUGAGGGACUUUUUCACCAUAACAGACUUAAGGAUCCGACUUCUGCGACCUGCCACCGGAGCUACUAUGGUGGAUGAGAACAACCUCUCCAGAUACUUCUACGCCAUCUCUGACAUCAAAGUCCAGGGCAGGUGCAAGUGCAACCUUCACGCCAACAGCUGUGUGUUUGACAAAGAGAAGCUGAGCUGCGAGUGCGAGCACAACACCACCGGGCCCGACUGUGGCCGCUGUAAGAGGAACUACCAGGGCCGGGCCUGGAGCGCCGGCUCCUACCUGCCUAUACCUAAAGGCACUGCAAAUAUAUGUGUCCCUAAUAACAUUGGUCCAGUUAACUGCGAAUGCUUUGGCCACUCCAACCGAUGCAGCUACAUCGAGCUGCUAAACACCGUCAUUUGCGUGAGCUGUAAGCACAACACUAGGGGGCAGCACUGCCAGCUAUGCAAGCUGGGCUACUAUCGCAAUGCUUCGGCAGAACUGGACGAUGAAAAUGUGUGCAUAGAGUGUAAAUGUGAUCCCUCGGGGUCAGUCAGUGACCGCUGUAACGGCACAGGAUAUUGUAUAUGUAAGGAGGGCACCACGGGCUCUAAGUGUCGCCAGUGUCUGCCCGGCUAUGUGUGGGACCAUGGCUGCAAAUCUCGGGUGUGCGACGACGAGCUCAUGCGCUGCCAAAACGGCGGCGCCUGCGUCAACAACGUCCGCUGCCGCUGCCCGCCGGCCUACGCCGGCCUGCUGUGCGAGAGGCGGCGCUGCGAGACGGAGCUGGGAGGCUGCCGGGGCGCCGGCUCCGGCACCGGCUCCGGCACCGGCUCCGGCACCGCCGGGCAUCUGCCUUGCGCCGUGGAACCGCUGCUCCUCCUCCUCCUGCUCCUUCUGGGCUCGACGCUGCUCUAAAGGGACCUGGCGGGAAGCGAUUAACCCCCACCCCCCCGCCGACACACACACUUACACACACACACACACACACACACACACACACACACACACACACACACACACACACACACAUCCCUCCUUUGAUUAAUUAACAAUCAUGAGCUUUGUGGACCAUAGCCGCUUCUUUUCCGAGCAGCCUCGACGAACACUGACGAUGUGAAAAAAGGAAUGUGCCACAGGAAUGAGUGCAAAAACUUUUGAAUUGAAUAUCAAAGAAUAUAUAUAUAUAUAUAUGUAUAUAUGUAUGUAUAAAAAUACAACAUAUAUUAAAAGAGUGCAAAGGACAAUGACACGCCCCCCAUUCCCCCCGCAGCUCCUCCAUCCCAUCUUAGGCCAAACGGGUGCUUGAGCUCCAUCCCCUUGGAAGAGGACAUCCUCUCAUCGCCACGGCAACAACAGCUGCAGCCAAUCGGCCGGACUGUUGAGUUGAGGAAGACAAAUCAAAGACAUGUUUCCCCGGGCUUCUCCGGACAUAACGCUCGCGAGAGAACAAACACCGCGUUCUUUGCUGUCAGUGCAUUGUGGAUCAAAGGAACACCCGUGCGGACUUUUUGGCGUGCGCACAAACUUUCCGCCUCGCCCCUCGUGCCACCACUGACCUGUGCUUGUGUGAACGUCACUCUGUUAAAAAAAGUAAAAAAAUUUUUUUGAUUUUGUGUCAUAAGAAUCCCGUCAUCUGGGUUCGUUUCCACCCUCGAGCCGCAGCGUUCCUUUUCACCCUGCUCAAAAGACAGUCGAUUAAUGUAUUUGCAAAAAAAAAAAAAAAACAGUGGUGUCGUCCUUUUUUUGUACCUUUGCUGAACUGUGAUGAAAAAAAAGGCAACGUCAAUGUGUUCUCUACCAAAUGCACAAUUUGUUUGUCCAUUCUGUUUGAGUGCGUACUUUCGGGGGGGGUGGGGGGGUGGGGG